AUGACUGUCGCAGUGGCUUUGUACGAUGGGUCACUUGGUGGUACUCGUGCACUCGUUUUUGCGUCCUAUAAUGAUAUCGUUUAUCUAUCACAACAAGAACACUGGUACAGUGAUGGUACAUUUUAUACGUGUCCAUCCAUAUUUUAUCAAAUAUAUUCGAUUCAUGCAUAUUACGAUGGAACGUCAAGCCCAUGCGUUUUCGCGUUACUUGAAGGUAAGUCAGAAGAAACUUAUGCUGAUUUGUUUUUAGUAAUUCUCAGAAAAAUGUCCGAAUUCCAGUUAGUUAUCAGGUUACGAACUAUUACAAUUGAUUUUGAAUUAGGUGUUUCCAAUGUGUUUGCCAAGGAUUACCCAAGUAUUAUUGUUAGAGGUUGUUUAUUUUAUUUUGAACAAAGUCUAUAUCAUAAAUUUGUUGAUCUUGGUUUAAAAACACAAUACAAAGAUGACGAAACCUUCGUGAUUGGUUCAGAUCUUUUGCAGCAUUAUUGUUAUUACCAUUAA